AUGUAUAAAGAAUUGACGGCAUACUUAAAAAAAAUGGAUAAUGAUUUCCGUGACGUUGUUAAUGAGAAACAGCCCGAAAAUCUAUUUAUAUAUCUACAGGAGUAUCAUUCGUAUGACGAAUUGUUAGAAAAGUUGGAUUUGUUUCAGAGUUAUAGGAAUAGGGCUACAGAAUUAGUAGACGAUUGGAACUUUGAACUCGGAAAUAUUGAUCAGAUUGAUAUGAAGAAACACAUAUGCGAUCUGGCCAAAAGCUAUAUGGAUCAGAUUAUCGAUCACACUGUUAUGAAGCAACUUAGCAAUGACGAAAAGCCUUCAUUAGCUUGGGUAUGCUAUAAAUUCCAUGAAAUGGUUUCACGUACCGUAUCUAAACCGAAAAAUUCUGAAGAGUUUUUAGCACUUGGUGAUUACAUGCUUUAUGCUAGUACUACGUUUAUGAAAGAGAUGAUCGAUACAGUGAAAGAUUUAACGGUAGUUGCGUGCAACAUAUCUCAGUACGCGGUGCUGCCUAAAGAAUUUUGGGAAACGCACGCAUCCGCUAUAAAAUGGAUACAAAAUAUAUCACCCGUGUUUUUUAAAUAUUCUACUAUAUACGAGGCUGGGAAAUCUAAUGCAGAAGAGACUCUAGCUAAAGUGAUCAGUGUGUUAAAUUAUGAUUUGGACGCGUUUGCACCAAGCCUUACGUUUUUGGAUCGUAUCGAUGACGUCAACAAACUCUAUGAAUAUAAAUUGUUCGUUAAUACGUUGCGAAGAAAAAUCGAAAAAUUUGACGAUACGGUGGCUUGGAUUAACAGAGAAGAAGAGUUAUUUAACAAACCAAUUAGCACAUUUCCGGAACUUGAUGAAAUAAAGGAUUUCACGAGGCCAUUUGUUGAUCUAAUUACAUUUUCCUAUCGUUGGUUUUUAAAGAAAAAUGUAUGGAUGCGUGGUGAUUUUGAUACUCUCAGUUUAUCGGAAAUAGAAAAAACAGUCAAUGAAUUUUACAAUGAAGCAUCUAAAAUGCAAGAAUUAUUGAGAGUUAAAUGUAAAGAAAUGUUAUCACAAAAUUACAGUAAAAGGUAUGAAGGUAUAAUUGAUGAUGCUGACAUGAACCUUUGGCCAGCACCUUUAAAGAUAGCUGAACAAACAAUAAAUAGCAUGGUGGAGUUUAGGAAUUAUAUGCCAAUCAUUGGAAUUAUGUGCAAUCCCGCUUUAACUGAAAGACAUUGGAUAGAAAUGUCUGAGAUAUCGGGAUUUAACUUGACUCCAAAUGCAGGCACGACACUGUCAAAAAUCAUUGAUUUGAAUUUAGAACAACUACUACCUCAGUUUGAAGUCAUUAGUAUUGGCGCUACUAAAGAAGAGCAAUUAAGAAGAUCGUUAGAAAAAAUGCAAGAAGAUUGGAAAUCUAUUGAAUUAUGUACCAGUCCGUACAAGGAUACAAAAAUAAAUAUAGUGUCUGGGUUAGAUAGUAUACAAGCAUUACUCGAUGAGCAUUUCAUUAGGACCAUAUCGAUUCGCGGUUCGGCAUUUGUAAAGCCUAUCGAAAGUGAGGUGAAAGAGUGGUUUGAUAAGAUUAACCGAAUGAAUAUGACACUUGAAGAGUGGGCAAGAGUACAGAUGCGGUGGUUAUACCUCAUGCCAAUAUUUAGUUCCAAGGACAUAGUUGAUCAAAUGCCUGAAGAAGGAUCUUUGUUUAAUGAGAUUAAUGUGAUUAUAAACGGAUUACUAAGUAUGAUCAGUUCUUAUCCAUUAGCUAUUACUUGUGUUGGUCAAGAAGGUGUUCUAGAAUCGUUGAUUAAAUGUACCAAAAUGGCUGAAUUUAUUAAUUUAGGAGUUAAUAAUUAUUUGGAGAAGAAACGUUUAUUUUUUCCCAGAUUUUUCUUCCUUUCAAAUAAUGAAAUGUUAGAAGUUUUAUCAGAAACAAGAGAUCCCAAAAGAGUUCAACCUCAUCUAAAAAAAUGUUUCGAAGGAAUUUCUAAGCUUGAGUUUAAUGAUAAUUUAGAUAUUUUGAAAUUUUUAAGUAGCGAGGGUGAAGAAAUUGCACUUAGUCAAUAUAUUUCAACUGUUGAAGCCAGGGGAAGUGUAGAAAAAUGGUUAUUUCAGUUAGAAAAACAAAUGGUAAUAUCUCUAAGAAAUUUAAUUGAAAACGCUUAUAAUGAAUAUCCGACUAUAGAACGAACAACAUGGGUACAAAAAUGGCCAGGCCAAUGUGUUGUAUGUGUCAGUCAAAUGUUUUGGACAGCUGAAGUACACGAAAUAUUUAUUGCACAAAAACUUGGGCAAAUGCGAAAUUACCAUACAUUUUUGAAUAAACAAUUAAAUGAUAUUGUAAAUUUAGUACGUGGUAAAACGAACAAACAAAGAAGAAUAACUUUAAGUACCUUAAUAACAUUAGAUGUUCAUUGUAGAGAUGUUGUCGAUGAGUUGGCCAACAAUAACGUCCGUCACAAUAUGGAUUUUAAAUGGCUUAGCCAGUUAAGAUAUUAUUGGGAAGCUGAUGCCUUGGCACGCAUUACCAAUGCAACUAUAAAUUAUGCAUAUGAAUAUUUAGGAAAUAAGUCUAGACUUGUUAUUACUCCUUUGACAGAAAGGUGUUAUCGUACCCUGAUCAGUGCUUAUCAUUUACACCUGUUUGGUGCUCCUGAGGGGCCAGCUGGUACUGGUAAAACAGAAACCACAAAAGAUUUAGCAAGGGCUUUGGCUUUCAAAUGUGUUGUAUUUAAUUGCUCCGAGAGCUUAAAUUACCUGGCAAUGAGAAAAUUUUUCAAAGGGUUAGCUUCAUGUGGAGCUUGGGUUUGUUUUGAAGAAUUCAAUCGUAUUGACAUUGAAGUAUUGUCAGUAGUUGCGCAACAGAUUUUAGGUAUAGUUCAAGCAGUGAGAACAAACGUUGAAACAUUUUUUUUUGAAGGUACUGAACUCAAAUUGAACUCAAGGUGUUAUGUUUGUAUUACUAUGAACCCAGGAUAUGCUGGGAGAUUUGAUCUUCCCGACAAUUUGAAGGUUUUAUUUAGAACUGUAGCUAUGAUGGUACCGGAUUACGCAAUGAUUGGAGAAAUUUCAUUAUAUUCCUACGGAUUUGUGAAUGCAAGAGAGUUAUCUAUUAAAAUUGUUACUACAUAUAAAUUGUGCUCAGAACAACUAUCACUUCAGCCACAUUAUGAUUAUGGUAUGCGAGCUAUUAAAGCUGUACUUAUUGCAGUAGGAAAUUUAAAGAUGAAGUAUCCGGAAAAUAACGAUUCAGAACUUUUGCUUAAAUCUAUUUUGGAAGUGAAUUUGCCAAAAUUUUUAGAAAAAGACGUACCUUUAUUCAAUGGUAUAAUUUCUGAUUUAUUUUCUGAUGUCAAAUUACCAAAUACUUAUCAUGAAAAUUUGAUUUCUACUGCCAAAAUAGUAUGUGAGAAAAUGAAUUUACAACCAAUUGACACUUUUAUGGAAAAACUCAUUCAAACCUAUGAAAUGAUGGUUGUUAGGCACGGCUUUAUGUUGGUAGGUAAACCCUUCGGAGGAAAGACUUCAUUACUUAAUUUACUCGCAGAAACUUUAAAUUUACAAAAUAAACUGGACCAAGGAGAAGAAAAGGUUGAAUACGAAACAGUAAAUCCUAAAGCAUUGACUAUUAAUCAACUUUACGGAUAUUUUGAUGAUGUUUUACAUGAAUGGUCUAACGGCGUUGUAGCUAACAAGUUUAGAAAAUAUUCAAUGUCGGAGACUUCAGACAGGAAAUGGUUGAUAUUUGAUGGUCCGAUUGAUGCUGUUUGGGUAGAAAAUCUGAACACUGUACUAGAUGACAACAAAAAACUGUGUUUAAGUUCUGGUGAAGUAAUUUGUAUGCCAAAUAAUAUGUCUAUGAUAUUUGAAGUUAUGGACCUUACUCAGGCUUCUCCUGCUACUGUGUCUCGUUGUGGCAUGAUUUAUUUAGACCCCAUAGAUUUGGGGUGGAGACCGUUAAUAGAAAGUUGGAUAAAAACUUGUCCAGAAUUUUGGUCCUUGAAUCAAAAUGGAAUAGAUAUAAUGUGUUUAUUUGACUGGAUAACUCCCCCUUGUUUAUGCUUUGUACGGCAUAGUUGUGUUCAACUGACUAAUGCUGGAGAAAUAAAUAUUGUUUUAAACGUUUUAAAUAUAUUGGAGAUGCAGUUAAAAAGUUCACAUACCGAUAAUCCAGGUUUCAACGAACAUUUUACAAAUUAUUUACAAGGAUCUUUUGUUUAUGCUUCUAUUUGGGGUUUCGGUGGAACACUAGAUUCAAAUUCACGAUCAGCUUUUGAUCGUUAUUUUAAAGAACUAUGGAAGGGCGAUAUUCCUGGUUUGGAACCACCAGAAGCUUUAAGUUCAUUAGAUAUUACGAUACCCUACGAUGGAAUGUUAUAUGACUAUGUAUAUAGUUGCACAUCUCGAGGAUUUUGGAAGAAUUUGUCAGAAGUUGUGAAAAAUAAUAAAAUUGAAGAAAUUAGUAUUAUCGAACAAACUUUAGUUCAUACAAUGGACACUGCUAGGUUUAUGCAUUUAGUUGACAUGUUUAUCUCUCAUCGUAAACCAUUAUUACUUUUUGGUCCCUCGGGAACUGGCAAAAGUUUUUACAUAAAAAAUUAUAUGAUGAAUAAAUUAUCGUUGGACAAAUACGUUCCAUCUUUUGUUACAUUUACAACUCAGACAUCAGCUAAUUUUACACAAGAAAUUAUAUUAUCUAAGCUCAUAAAGCGUAAACGUGGUGUAUAUGGACCACCAUCCGGAAAGGUUUGUGUUAUAUUUGUUGAUGAUAUGAAUAUGCCAGUAAAAGAAAAAUAUGGAGCACAACCUCCUAUUGAAUUGUUGAGACAAUUUUUUGACCAUGGGUAUUGGCAUGACUUACAAGAUACUACUAAAGUUUAUUUGAAAGAUAUUCUCUUGUUGUCUGCUAUUGGGCCAACUAGUGGAAGUAAACAAGAUGAGUAUAAUAUGAGGUUUUUACGUCAUUUCGGGUUGUUCGCUAUUAAUUCAUUUGACGAUGAAAGUAUUACAAAUAUAUACUCUACUUUACUUCAAAUUGGAUUAAAAAAAAAAGGUUUUACAUUAGAAGUAGUACCGAUUAUCGAUAGUAUAAUAAAAUCAACAAUUAAUGUAUACAGAUCAGCUAUUAAUAAUUUAGCUCCAACUCCUGCUAAAUCACAUUAUUUAUUUAAUAUAAGAGAUAUUUCAAAAGUGACAAAUGGAAUACUUCUGUUCCGCAAAGAAAGCUUUAGUAAUCGAAAAGUUUUCGUGAGACUGUGGGUUCAUGAAGUAAUGAGAGUAUUCUACGAUCGCCUUAUAGACGAUAAUGAUAGAUGUUGGUUAUUCAAUAAAAUUCGUGUUUGUGUUAAUACAAAUUUCCAAGAAAUGUUUGAUGUAGUAUUUAAUAAUUUAUCAGAUUCAUCUCCAAUUGUUUGCCAAGAUAUGUCGAAUCUCUUAUUUACCAAUAUUAUGGAUUUUGAAGUAUCGGAAAACAAAAAAUAUGAAGAACCUUUUUCAUUAUCAAAUUUUGAAGAAAAAGCUCAAAUUGUGAUGGAUGAAUAUGAUAAGACACACGAUUCAAAAUUGAAUAUAGUUUUGUUUAAAUACGCAUGUGAACAUCUUUCAAGGAUUUGUAGAAUCUUAACGAUACCCGGUGGAUGUGCAUUAUUAGUUGGAGUAGGUGGAUCUGGUCGACAAUCUUUGACCCGUUUAGCUGCAGCUAUGUGCAAUUUUAAUGUUUUUCAACCCGAUAUUACUAAGAGCUAUGGUUUAACUGAAUGGAGGGAUAAUUUGAAAACGAUAUUAAUUGAAUCUGGUGGUGAAAAUCGUCCAACUGUGUUCUUGUUUGCUGAAAGGCAAAUUAAAGAAGAAUAUUUUUUGCAAGAUAUUGAUGUUUUAUUAAAUUCUGGAGAAUUACCAAAUUUAUUUACUUUGGAUGAACAACAAAGUAUAUUAGAGAUGGUUAGAUUAGCUGCUCAAGGAGGAAAUAGAAAUUUGGAUAUUGCACCAUUGGUUGUUUUUAAUUAUUUUAUAAACCGCUGUAAACAAAAUUUGCAUAUAUGCUUGUGCUUUAGUCCAAUCGGCUCAAGUUUGAGAAAUUAUCUCAGACUUUAUCCGUCUUUGGUUAGUUGUUGUACAAUUGAUUGGUUCAAUGACUGGCCAGAUGAUGCAUUACAAAUGGUUGCAUAUAAGUAUUUAAUAGAUGUGAAUCUUGCUGAAAAAAUUAAAAAUUCUGCUGUUACCGUUUGUCAACGUUUUCACGUCGAUGCUAGAAGAUUGUCUUUGGAGUUCUAUUCUGCAACACGGCGUCGUACUUAUGUUACAUCAGCAUCGUAUUUGGAUUUAAUCAAAGCGUAUACGGACUGUACUAAUCGUAAGCAAAAAGAAAUUAUGGAAGCAAAAAUGCGAUAUGUUGGUGGUUUACAGGAACUUGAAUAUGCCACUUUGCAAGUUAGCCAGAUGAAAGAAGAUUUGUUUAAACUUCAACCUCAGCUUCAACAAGCUCAAAAAGAUACAGAAGAAAUGAUGGUUAUGAUUUCUCGGGAGACAGUUGAAGUUGAAAAAGCAACCACUAGAGUUCAAGAAGACGAAAAAGUAGCAAAUGUUCAAGCCGAAGCGGCUAAUGAAUUAAAAACAGAAUGUGAAGCUGAUCUUGCAUUAGCUAUACCGGUUUUAGAAGAUGCAAUUGAUGCUUUAAAUACUUUAAAACCAACUGACAUAACAUUAGUUAAGUCUAUGAAAAAUCCACCUGAAAUGGUGAAGACUGUAAUGGCAGCAGUAUGUGUGAUGAAAGGCGUUUCACCAGAUAAAAUUCCCGAUCCAAAUAAACCAGGUCAAAAGAUACUUGAUUAUUGGGGUCCUAGUAAACGCAUUUUGGGUGACAUCAAUUUUCUGCAAAGAUUAAAGGAAUACGAUAAAGAUAAUAUACCUUCUCAAAUUAUGGCUAUUAUACGAAAAACAUAUCUUCCGGAUCCUAAUUUUAAACCACCAAUUGUUGCUAAAGCGUCUAGUGCUGCAGAAGGUUUGUGUAAAUGGAUUAUCGCAUUGGAUAUGUAUGAUAAAGUGAUCAAAGUUGUUGCACCGAAAAAAGAAAAACUUGAAAUAGCUAAUGCUGAAUAUGAAGCAACUAUGGCGAUUUUGGAAGAAAAACGAAAUGAAGUGAAACAGUUGCAAGAAAGAUUAGAUUCUCUUAAAGAUAGAUUGCAAGAGACUGUGUUGAAUAAAGAGAAAUUACUAGCGGAAGUUGCUUUAUGUGAAAGCAAGUUAAUUAAAGCAGAGAAACUUAUAGGAAGUCUAGGUGGUGAGAAACAUCGUUGGGCUUUACGAGCGGAAGAACUUCAGACCAAUUAUGAUUGCAUACCUGGAGAUAUUCUUAUAUCUUGUGGAAUAAUCGCUUAUUUGGCUCCAUUUACAUCAUAUUUCAGAUCUUUAAUAAUCAAUGAAUGGAAAAUACUGUGCAACGAUUUGAAAAUUCCAAGUUCAGAUAGUUAUAGUUUAAUUGAAGUCUUAGGCGUACCGACUAAAAUCCAAAAUUGGACUAUUAAUGGCUUACCAUUAGAUUCAUUUUCGAUCGAUAAUGCCAUUAUUAUGGACGGUUCACAAAGAUGGUCGUUACUGAUAGACCCUCAAGGACAGGCACAUAAAUGGAUUAAAACGUUGGAAAAAAAUAACGACCUUAUUAUAAUUAAGUUAACUGAUCCAAAUUAUAUGAAAAGUAUCGAGGUUGGUAUUGAAGUUGGGAAACCAGUAUUAAUCGAAAAUGUACUAGAAGAUUUAGAUUUACCUCUAGACCCGAUAUUAUUGAAGAUGGCAUAUAAGCAAGACAAGUCGAUGUACAUAGCACUUGGAAAAAAUGUCAUAGAGUUCAAUCCGAAAUUCCGAUUGUAUAUCACAUCGAAGCUUAGAAAUCCACAUUAUUUACCAGAAAUAUUUAACAAAGUUACUGUUAUAAAUUUUGCAUUGACUGUAGAAGGUCUUGAAGCCCAAUUAUUGGGAAUCGUUGUCGCUAAAGAACGACCGGAUCUGGAGUCGAAAAGACAACAACUAAUUGUUGAGGGUGCUGAAAACAUUAAAGCCUUGUUGGAUGUCGAAAACAAUAUUCUGCAAAUUCUUUCGGCACCUGGAAAUAUAUUAGAAGAUGAAAACGCAGUUGACGUUUUAGAUAAUUCCAAGAUAUUAGCCAAAGAAAUAACCCGAAAACAAGCGGCUUCAGUGGAAACUGUUGCAGUUCUUGAUCAAUUUCGUUUACAGUAUAAACCAAUUGCUGAACACUGUUCUAUACUUUAUUAUUGUAUUACCGAUUUGCCAAAUAUUGAUCCUAUGUAUCAAUAUUCAUUAUCUUGGUUUAUAAAUAUUUUUAUUAUGACAAUUGAAACAGCAAAUAAAUCAAAAAUUAUUCGGAUACGCCUAGAAGCUUUGAAAGAAACGUUUACUUAUAAUUUAUAUACUAAUGUAUGUCGGUCGUUAUUUGAAAAGGAUAAGAUGUUGUUUUCUUUCAUCAUGUGUACUACCGUAAUGCUCGCCGAAAAAAGAAUUGACAAGCAAGAACUUAUGUUUCUUCUGGCUGAUGGUAUUGAUUUCAAAAACAAUAUUUCUAAUCCUGCGUCGAAUUGGCUUAAUGAUAGAAGUUGGAAUGAAAUAUGUCGUUUGGAUGAACUAAAUGCGUACCACGGUAUAAAAAAUGAUUUUAUAAACAAAGUGGACGAGUGGAAAAUAUACUACGAUUCAACUGAUCAGAGAAUUUUAAAAUUUCCUAAUCCCUGGUAUGAUAAAUUAACCGAUUUUCAACGAAUUCUUGUCGUACGUGCAAUUAGACCUGAUAAAGUCAUACCUGUUAUAACCAAAGUUAUUGAAGUAGAAUUAGGACAAAAGUUCAUUUAUCCACCACCAUUUGACAUAAAUAAAUCAUAUGGUGAUUCAAUUUGUCUGAGUCCACUUAUAUUUAUUUUAUCACCCGGAGUAGAUCCUAUGGCGAGCUUGUUGCAGUUUGCUAACAAAAUGGGUCAGAUGGAAAGCCUACAAAGCGUUUCGUUAGGCCAGGGACAAGGUCCUAUAGCAGAAUCGCUGAUAAGAAACGCACAAAAAACUGGAGGUUGGGUAUGUUUACAAAACUGUCAUUUAGCUACUUCAUGGAUGGGGCGGUUGGAAGUGAUUUGCGAUUCAUUUGAUAUUUCGAACGUGAAUAGUGACUUUAGAUUGUGGCUGACUAGCUAUCCUUCAGUUAACUUCCCUGUUUCUGUGUUACAAAAUGGUGUUAAAAUGACUAACGAGCCUCCCACGGGAAUACAAGCUAAUAUGCUUCGGAGCUAUCAGUCGUACCCUGUAAAAGAUAAAAACUUUUUUGAAGGAUGUCCUGGUAAGGAACGAAUAUUUACUAAACUAUUGUAUGGAAUUACGUUUUUCCAUGCCAUCGUUCAAGAACGAAAAAAAUUUGGUCCUAUUGGAUGGAAUAUACCUUAUGAAUUUAAUGAAUCUGAUUAUCAUAUUUCCAUACAACAACUUCAAAUAUAUAUUAAUGAAUUCGACGAAAUACCAUUUGAUGCUAUAACAUAUUUAACGGGAGAAUGCAAUUACGGCGGUAGAAUAACUGACGAUUGGGACAGGCGUACAAUGAAUACGAUUUUGAACACAUUUUGCUGUUCGCAAGUAGUCGAAAACCCAUAUUAUUUAUUUUGUGAUAUUGAUCAGAAGUAUGGCAUCCCGUUUCGUUCCAACUACCAUGAUUUUAUCAAACAAAUUGAAGAAAUAUCAGUUGACCAUAGUCCAGAAGUGUUUGGGUUGCACAUUAACUCUGGAAUCAUCCGUGAUCUACAGGCCACAGCACUACUGUUUAAAUCAUUCAUAGCAAUAAUGGAGACUAGCGGUGGAACAGAUGAUUCAGAUACAACGGAAAAGGCACUGGAAGCAACCGUAUCCGAUAUACUUACAAAGCUCCCGAAUAAUUUUGACGUAGAAGCAGCAACAACAAAAUACCCUGUUAUGUACGCAGAAUCUAUGAACGUGGUCCUUAUUCAAGAAAUGGAACGUUUUAACGUACUAUUGUCUGUGAUUCGUAAAAGCUUACAAGACCUGAUAAAAGCUAUCAAAGGCGCUAUUGUUAUGACGCCCGAACUGGAAACUAUAGCCUUAUCGUUAUCCGCGGGCAAAUUCCCAGUAUUUUGGUUGAAGUUUUCUUAUCCAAGUCUUAAGUCUUUGGGAGGAUAUAUAACUGAUUUUAUUGAACGACUUAAUUUCUUACAAAUUUGGUAUGACCAAGGUAAACCCGAUAAAGUCUGGUUCAGUGGACUAUUUUUUACUCAAGCAUUUCUUACCGGGGUGAUGCAAAAUUUUUCUCGACGUUAUUCUAUACCUAUAGAUCAAUUGUCCUUUGAUUUCCAAGUACAACACUCUGAUACAGUCAACGAACUUAGAACGGACGGGGCGUAUUGUUACGGUCUUUUUAUAGAUGGAGCUCGUUGGGAUAUGUCUAAGAUGGUACUGGAAGAACAAUUGCCAAAAGUAUUAACGGAUAUGUUACCGUUAGUAUGGUUCAUACCUACAAGGAAAGAUGAGUUGAUCAAAGGAAAUAGAUAUACAUGCCCGGUGUAUAAGACAUCGGAAAGAAGGGGAAUUUUGUCCACGACGGGGCAUUCUUCUAAUUAUGUUUUACCGAUAUUUCUUGAUACAAAUCGAAAACCCUCUCAUUGGAUAUACCGUGGAGUAGCACUACUAUGUCAACUGAAUGAUUAAAAUUGGCAUUCUUGCAAUAAAAAAUUUUCUCUCACAAGAAAAAACAGAUAAA